CAUUAACGUUUAUAACCAAACUAACUUUAUAAUGUCUUUGCAGUCCACAUGGUCGCUGGUUACCGUUUCCUCGCGGUUGCCGGAAACAACCUUUUGUUGAUUUGAGGUUUUGAAAAAGGAAGUGUGUGUUUUUUUGCCCUUCGGCUUUCUGCAACCCUACAUUAAGUAGCUAGUAGAGGAGGAGGUGUGUUUACACACACAUACACACACACAGAGAGAGAGAGAGAGACCGGGGGUGGAUGGAAAACAACCCGUUCGUUAUGGCGUAACUAACUAACUAACUAACAGUAUCUAGUUGUAGGUGUGGACGGUACUGCAGACAGAGUUCAUAAUACACCCAGAUAGUUCUGAUCAUGUCGUUGAUGCAGGCCUGCCGCAGUUUAGCCCUAUCUACAUGGCUCCUGACGUUUUGUUUCGUUCAUCUCCUCUGUUUGGACUUUACCGUCGCCGAGAGAGAGGAGUGGUACACCGCUUUCGUUAAUAUCACCUACAUAGACCCGGUCACCUCUGAAGUCCGGACCGAGAAAGCAGAAUACGGUCGAUACGGGGAACACUCGCUUAAACGCGACGCAAAAGGAGUCGUGGUACUUCCUUCUCUCUCUCAGGAUAGACAAGCCUGUGAUCCCGGUACCCGGUUCUCUGUUCCGGUCCAAGGCAGUGCGUGGAUAGCCCUGAUUGCCAGGGGAAACUGCACAUUUAAAGAUAAGAUAAGACACGCAGCGAGCCAAAACGCCUCGGCCAUCGUUAUAUUCAACGUUGGAUCCAGCAACUCCAAUGAUACAAUCACCAUGCCACAUUCAGGUAUGGGUGACGUGGUUGCCAUCAUGAUCCCCGAGCCUAAAGGUCGUGAGGUCGCUGCUCUGCUGGAGCGGAACGUCACGGUAACCAUGCACAUCACUAUAGGAACGCGUAACCUCCAGAAGUACGUGAGCAGGACGUCGGUGGUGUUCGUCUCCAUCUCCUUCAUCAUCCUGAUGAUCAUCUCUCUGGCCUGGCUCGUCUUCUACUAUAUACAGAGGUUCAGAUACGCCAACGCACGAGACCGCUACCAGAGGCGUCUGGGAGAUGCAGCUAAGAAGGCCAUCAGUAAGCUGCAGGUCAGGACCAUCAGGAAGGGAGAUGGGGAGACGGAGUCAGACUUUGAUAACUGUGCCGUGUGUAUCGAGGGUUACAAGCCAAACGACGUGGUCAGGAUACUACCCUGCAGACAUCUGUUCCAUAAGAACUGUGUGGACCCCUGGCUGCUGGACCACAGGACCUGUCCCAUGUGUAAGAUAGACAUCCUCAAAGCCCUGGGCAUCGCUUUAAAUGCAGACUGUCUGGAUGACCUGCCCUUGGACUAUGAGAUGGUGGGUGGGGUGGGGGUGGAGGGUCUGGUCCUGGAGGCUGUGGUGUCGGCAGGAUCCAGUGACGGGACCCUCAGUGAGGGGGCGGUGGUUCUAGACCCGGGGAUACGGAGGGUGGGGCUACCCCAAGACUACCACGACCCAGACCCUCUGAGGGACAGUCCCAUUACUGUUACUACUGAUACCCACACAGGUGAACUCCUGCCCGUGACGAGCUGUGCGUCCCUGGUGUUCGCUGUAGAAACAGGGCUGUCGGACGAAGACCUUUCACUGGAACAACCAGCCCCUGCUGGGGACAACAAGUCCUGAGACCCGGGCCACACCGGGACCAGAACAAGGUCUUACCGGGGUGAGUCUGGGUUACCUUGGUUCUGUAUUGUCUUGACUAUACUUGGGACAGAGGACAGAGACAUACCUGUAGGCUGGAUAAACCUGCCUGGAAUGGGCCUACCUGGAUAAACCUACCUGGAUUGGGCCUACCUGGAUUAACCUACCUGGAAUGGGCCUCCCUGGAUAAACCUACCUGGAUUGGGCCUACCUGGAUUGGGCCUACCUGGAUAAACCUGCCUGGAAUGGGCCUACCUGGAUAAACCUACCUGGAAUGGGCCUCCCUGGAUAAACCUACCUGGAAUGGGCCUCCCUGGAUAAACCUACCUGGAUUGGGCCUACCUGGAUAAACCUACCUGGAUUGGGCCUACCUGGAUAAACCUACCUGGAAUGGGCCUACAUGGAUAAACCUACCUGGAAUGGGCCUACCUGGAUAACCUACCUGGAAUGGGCCUACAUGGAUAAACCUACCUGGAAUGGGCCUACCUGGAUAAACCUACCUGGAUAAACCUACCUGGAAUUGGCCUACCUGGAUAAACCUACAUGGAUAAACCUACCUGGAUAAACCUACCUGGAAUGGGCCUACCUGGAUAAACCUACCUGGAAUGGGCUUACCUGGAUAAACCUACCUGUGAGUGAUUCCAGAUGAAACCAGGACAAAAAAAGAACCACAUUUGUGGGAUUUUCUGGAAAUUGUAUCCAUAGAAUGGUCCUUUUUGGAGGAAGGAUUAUUGACAUAUUUUACGUUUUUUACAUUUUGUAUCUAAAGCAUAAUAAAAGUAUUAAUCAAA